UGCUGCUGCUGCUCGCGCGAGCGGUCAGUCUGUUGUUGAGUGGCUUCAUCAGUGAGCGAGAGAACGAGCGCGCGCUCUGACUAGCCUUCUCGCCUUCUCUGUGGAAUAAACGUUAAUUUAUCGCUAAACGGGGAUUGUAUUACUCGCUUUUUAAAACGAUAAUCUUGUUUCGUACAUCCUGACCGCAGACAGAGCUGAUUGUGGGACUGUGGAGGCUCUGGAGAGGCUCAGUGAGCCGUCUAAAACUUACCUUACCGCUAACUACCUUUCGUAAAGCUGGUUACUAACUGAAGUUUCGGCUUGUGGUAACUCAAACAUCUGGCUAACGUCUGUCAGGAAUGAACGACGCUGAAUGCGAGUGAACUUUUAACGUUAAACGACGACUGAGGACAGGAGCACACGGUUCUUCCCUCUCCCUGCACCGCACAUGGGGCGACCGAGAGGGACUUCCUGGGCCACUGAGACGUGACUCCGGGUUGGGUGCCCCCCUGGUAAUCUCCAACAGACGACUGGGUGAAUGCUUAUGCACGUGGAGACUUCUGUGACCAUGACGUCACAGUGCACUGACGACCUCACUAGGAGCAAGUACUCCCAGUACUACAACACGGCACUCAUUAAAUUGCACUAUAAGUGUGCAAAGGAAAUGAGCCAGGAAGAACUGGAUGAACGCAUCAAUGGCAAAGAUGGACCCAGCUUGUUGAACAUCAUUUUUAUCAUUAUCUGCAGCAUCAUCAUCCUGGAGAACCUUUUGGUGCUCAUUGCAGUGUUCCGGAACAAGAAGUUCCACUCCGCCAUGUUCUUUUUUAUUGGGAACCUGGCAUUUUCUGACCUGCUGGCUGGUUCGGCCUACAUCGCUAACAUUUCUCUCUCUGGUCGGAGGACUUUUCAGCUAGUACCCGUGCAGUGGUUCAUAAGAGAAGGCACUGCCUUCAUCGCUCUCGCCGCCUCUGUGUUUAGCCUGCUGGCCAUUGCCAUAGAGCGCUACAUUGCCAUCACUAAAGUCAAAGUUUAUGGCUCCAACAAGACCUGCCGCAUGUUUCUGCUGAUUGGAGCAUGCUGGGUCACCUCUAUUCUCCUCGGGGGCUUACCCAUCAUAGGCUGGAACUGCAUUAACGACUUAAAUGUGUGUUCUGCCGUUCUGCCUCUCAACUCCAGGCACUACAUCUGCUUCGUGGUCACCAUCUUCAGCAUCAUUCUGCUCUCUAUCGUUAUACUCUACGUCCGCAUCUACCUGAUCGUGCGCUCAAGCCAGCAGGAGGCCACCAACUCCCCGGCCUAUGCUCUCCUCAAAACGGUCACCAUCGUGCUUGGUGUUUUCAUAGUAUGCUGGUUGCCUGCUUUCACCAUCCUCCUGUUGGACACCUCCUGCAAAAUGUCCAACUGCCCAAUCCUCAACAAUGCCGAUAUCUUCUUUGGCUUCGCCACACUGAACUCAGCCUUGAACCCACUCAUCUACACGCUACGCAGCAAGGACAUGCGCAGGGAGUUCCUGCGAGUGCUCUGCUGUUGGGGACUCUUUCAGAGUGGGCGUCCAGCUGAGCGUUGCAUGGUGCCGCUCAAAAGCUCCAGCUCUCUCGAGCACUGCACCAACAAACACGAGCACCAGUCCAUUCCCAUCAUGCAGGACUGCACGACUUGUGUUUGAACGUAGGACCUUUCAGGCUGCGUGGGCAAAGGUGCACGUUCUGAGCACGUUUAGAGGACUGAAAGGAAGCAGAGGUGUCUUGAGAGCUGCCUCGUAACUGCGAGAGACGGAAGGCAUCAGAGUUGUGCUGGAGCUGUCAGCGUUGUCUUCUCAUAAACAGAGAGAAGUGCGUGAAUUCAUAAGCAGUUUCUAUGAACUUGUUAAGAGUUAAGAGCAAGUGUCACAGUUGUGGUAUGGACUAAGUUGGCUGGUUUUGUGACUAUCACUGAAUGAUUUUACUCAUUUGAAACCGUUAUUUUUCACCGUUUGUGUUUAGUAUUUUUUCACUUCAAGAAAACAAUCUUUGAAAAGCCAAACUUUUUGUGUCAAGUCUGUGCCAAUUUAGCCCCAGUUUUAGGCAGUGACCAAAAAAUCUGAUUUCUUUUCUUUUUUUUUUGUCUUAAAACUAACUUUAAUAUAAUGCACUUUUAAGCGUUCUGUGAUUGUAUAUAUAUAUGACUGACCUGUUAGUCACUCAGUCCAAAGCCACGUAAAGGUGAGUGUUGGAGUAACUCUGAUUAAGCAGUUCUGAUUAAGUGGGAGGGAGUGAAAAAGUACACUCCACAGUGCACUCCUUCUGAGCCAAGAGUGCAAAAAGCCUUCCUAUGUAUUCUAAUAUAAGCGUAAUUCCCUUUCAUGUACUACAAUAAGAAAGCAAAGUAAUCUGCCUUAUAUUAUUGCAUGGCAUUCUAACCUGUGUACCAUCUAAUGUAUGGCUUAUUCAUGUACAAUUUCAUAAUUAACCCCCUUUUUCUCUGUCUCUGGUUCUCUUCUCUGUCUCAACCUCUUGCUCCCUGGCCUUUGCUUGUUGUACUGUGUUUCCUAAGAGAAAGGCGCGAUCAGAAAUACACUUCCUAAAGCAGAAUGGCACUGACAUGUUCCACUGAGAUGGCGGUAAUCCGCCGGACUUGUCUUGACAACGCUGUAGCAUCGCUACGCAGCGCCAUGCCCCCUUUCUGUUUUGCGCUCUUCUGAAACUGAAUGUAAGCAUGAAGUGUUUGGAGCGUAAGCUUCACCUUGUGACAGUAUUACUGAACACCUUUUUCACUGGGUUUUGAGCUGUCGGGAGUCGAGAAAAGAAAAGGGUUUUGGUCACUGUGAAGUCUUGAAAACCAUUAAACCACAUUUGACACCAUUUACUGAUUGAAACAUUGAUAAGAUUUGAUGAGGCAGGAAAUUCUGAUGUUGGGAGAAAGCGAACAGGUCCUGUCGCAACCUGUGUGUCCUGCCCCAUGGAGGUUACACACCUUUAGAGAGAAAUGGGAGGGGUGGUCUAUUCCUAUGUCACGGGUUAGAGGUUAAUUAUUCCCGUGACCACAGGACGUCCAGCGUUUCCUACGGUACUUCCUGUUGUUCAGGGCUGACCUCAUCCUUCAAUCCUCAAUCCUUCAAUUUUCAAACAAAUCUCACAUUUUCUUCAGAACACAGCGUUUGUUUUUAACCCACUAACCCUGCAGUCUUUUCUUCUCUUGAUCAUCAGAGAAAGCACUUUGGCAGCUCUUCCUUAAUCACCCUUGCGCGUUUUUCUUUUCUUUUUUUUCUUUUUUUUACAUGAAGACUUGCUACGUCUGCAAGCAUACCUGUCACUUCCAUUCAGUGUAAAAUACAUGUGUAUAACCCUGUGGAAAAAAUGUGUUUUUUUUAUUACGCUUUAUAUAAAAUGUAUGUAAUGUAUGUAUUGUAUGUAUGUGUAAAUUCUGUAUAUGUGUGUAAAAUGUCUUGUGUGCAAUAGCCUUGUGUGUGUGUGUUUGUUUAGUAGUGAGCUACCUGUGCUAAAUUGGUACAACACUAAUAAUGGUACAUAAACAUUUUUUUUCUUUUUUUAUACAAAAUAAAUUAAAUACAAACAAAA